AACAUUAAGCAUUGCCAUUAAGGAAAAUACUUAUCAAGAACUAAAACUGAAAAUCGGACUAGGGAAAAUUAGUUCUUUUGUUAAUCAAGCAGUAGAAAAAGGACUAUCUGAAUUAGCCCAGGAAGAAAAGAAGAAAAAAGAUGAAUUAAAAAAGAAAUUAAUUGCUGGUUAUCAAAUUGCUGGUUAUCAAAGAAAAGCCAAAAAUAAAAAAUUACAAAAAGAAUUAAAAAUGAUGGAAGCCGCUCAAUUUGAAGAUUGGAAAGAUGAAUAA